UGAUGCUCAGACAGACAGAGGAGCGCUUGGAUGAAGGCUUCGUCGCAGUGUGCAGCGUUCAUUCCUGACGCGUCUGUCUACAUCUGAACCCACCGGACGAACGGGGACUAGAUAACUUACAACGGAAGACUUGAUCUGAUAUGGAAACGCGUGCCGUGCUGCAUUAAUUAAAGAAGGGGACAUUUCAGUGAUGCCGGCAUCCAGAGAGCGUCUGUGUUGUAGUUCGUAGCAGCGCGCGUGGUGAAGUUGGAUUGCGGAUCGCUUAUUGUAUCGAUCUUGAAACACAACCCGAGCCGUUCUGACACCGCGGAUGUGUCGGGGUUGUGUAUGGGAUGUGAUUGAGAAGACAUUCUCUUUACACCGAGCGAUGCGUUUCUGUCGUCUCUGACACCUGACGGGGAUGUAUGCAAAUAAAUGAGCUUAGUUUAGCGUUAUCAUCACGCUUGUGUUUAUGUACAUUUCACUGAUUCGACUGGAGGAGACAGAGAUGAAUUGACGGCACUCGCGCAUUACUUUAGUGAACAUCCUGAGGAUUUCGGAGAAAUACACGCUCGUAUUAUCAGAAUAAUCUGUAACCAUUUGUAUUUUUGCAGUUGAGUUCUUUAAACUGUUUUAUUCUCUCUCUCUCUCUCUUUCGCAAGUUUGAGGAGCCAGACUGUGCUUCAUGUGGUGAUAUCCAACUUUACAUGCUUUAUUGAAGUUAGAAAUACGAUUUAUUAUGACUGAAUCAAUCUGAAUACACCUUACAUCAAACGAACGGGUUAAAUCGAGUGGAAAUAGGACACAUUUAACUUUGAAUUGCACAAACUUGCAAAAGGACUAUCAUGAAGAUGUUUCAUGGAUUGUUGUAACUUCCAUAAAGUGUCACUAGGUCCAUCUAUGCACCUUCUCGUAAAGAUCAGCUGACCAUCUAAGGGCGUGCAUUUCUUCCAAACGUCUAAAUAUCUGUACCUACUUCAUUCAAAGAGCUUUUAAACUUCAAGGAACAUGGAUAUUAAAACAGAGUCUGAAGACAAUCUGGACUGUGACCAGCCCGUGCCCAUUGAAGUCUUCGCCCACAGGUCCACGCUCCAUGGCAUCUCGCACAUGUUCAGUUAUGAGCGCCAGUGCAUCAAGCGAUGCAUCUGGAUAAUGUUUUUCAUGGGUUCGUUUUCGUUCCUGCUGCUUGUUUGCGUGGACCGCAUCCAGUUUUACUUCCAGUACCCCCAUGUCACCAAGCUGGACGAGGUCACGGCACCAAUGAUGCCGUUUCCCGCCAUUACCUUCUGCAACCUGAACUCUUUCCGCUUUAGUCGUGUGACGCGCAACGACCUGUACCACGCGGGCGAGCUGCUCGCGCUGUUAAACGGCAGGUAUGAGAUCCGGGAUACACACUUGGUGGAGGAGAGCGUUAUGAUGACCCUGAAGGAUAAGGCGGACUUCUCCGUCUUCAAGCCCCGUCCCUUCAACAUGCGCGAGUUCUACGAUCGAACGGGCCACGACAUUAAAGAAAUGCUGCUGUCCUGCUACUUCAGAGGAGUCGAAUGCAGCGCCGAAGACUUCUCAGUGAUCUUCACACGCUACGGAAAAUGCUACACCUUCAAUUCGGGACAGGACGGACGGCCACUGCUGGUCACCAUGAUGGGAGGGAUGGGAAACGGGCUGGAGCUGAUGCUGGAUAUCCAGCAGGACGAGUAUCUGCCUGUGUGGGGAGAGACUGAUGAGACGUCUUUCGAAGCGGGAAUCAAAGUCCAGAUCCACACGCAGGAUGAGCCGCCUUUCAUCGAUCAGCUGGGAUUUGGAGUGGCUCCAGGCUUCCAGACGUUCGUCUCCUGCCAAGAACAGCGGCUGACAUAUCUUCCUCCUCCAUGGGGUGACUGUAAGGCUUCAGCAAUGGACUCUGAUUUUUUCAGCACAUACAGUAUCACCGCCUGCCGCAUUGACUGUGAGACACGCUAUCUGGUGGAGAACUGCAACUGCCGCAUGGUGCACAUGCCUGGAGAUGCUCCAUAUUGCACUCCAGAACAGUAUAAGGAGUGUGCAGAUCCCGCUCUAGAUUUUCUGGUGGAGAGAGACAAUGACUACUGCGUUUGCGAGACGCCCUGCAACAUGACGCGCUAUGGCAAAGAGCUGUCCUUCGUCAAGAUCCCCAGCAAAGCCUCGGCCAAAUACCUGGCCAAGAAGUUCAACAAGACGGAGCAGUACAUCGCAGAAAACAUCCUGGUGCUGGACAUCUUUUUCGAGGCCCUGAACUACGAGACCAUCGAGCAGAAGAAAGCCUACGAGAUAGCCGGCCUUCUUGGUGACAUUGGCGGACAGAUGGGCCUGUUCAUCGGGGCCAGUAUCUUAACCAUCCUGGAGCUCUUUGACUAUCUGUACGAGGUGAUCAAGUUCAAACUGUGUCGCUGUGCCAAGAAGAAACACCAGCGGAGCAGCAACGGCGAUCGAGGAGCCGUUCUCAGCCUGGAUGACGUGAAGCGUCACGCUCCCUGUGACAACCUUCAUACCCCGUCAACAUACCCAGCCAACAUGCUACCUCACCAUCCUGGCCAGGGCAACUUCGAAGACUUCACCUGUUGAGCGUAAAGUAAGAGCCUGACAGAGAACAACCAAAGCUGACCACAUCAGUACGGACUCCUUUCACAACCGGACAGUACAGUAUAAACCUUCUGGAUCUGCGACACACUAGAAAACCACCAAGUCCUGAGAUAUAUCCAGAUGUCGGAGGAAUGGUGCCGAUCAACAAAGUUUAUUUUCACUAAAAUGUUCCAUGGGAAACUUUUGAUGUUUUUUGAACAUUUCAAGGGAAUACUGCCUCAAAAACGAAACUCCUUGAAGUCUAAGAAUUGACACAUUAGGGGACUUGGACAUCGAAUAGCUUUCUGCAGCUGGACCCCGAUGCCUUCCGUGUACAUAGUGAUGGCUCUUAACUGUCUUAAGACCAGUGGCUUACGUAGGUCAGUAGAUAUAGCGCUUAUUCACUGUAUGUAGCCUCAUUUGUCCAUUGAUCUGCUGGAUCGAUUCAGCCUCGGUGUAUCUCACGAGAAUGUAACUUUCUGAAAAAGGUGGCCAUUACAAGCAUUAAAAGGGGGAUUUUAGGACGCUGGAGGGUUCAGAUCCCAUAUGACAUUGUGUUACACGUCUCAUCUUGUAAAUGCAUGCCGGUCAUCUUGUGCAUGUUUUUCGUUUUAUUUAGAUUUCAUUAUUUCCAUCGCCAAGUUAGCCUCAAUUAUACACAAGUGUUGGAAGAUGGUGUAAAGUUUGUUUUCAUGUGUAUAUGCGUUCGUGUGCAGGUUUUAACAGGAUAACAUUUCUCAAUGACCCCAGAGUAAUAGCAGGCUGAUGAAACUUGCCAGAACAUCUCUUCAAUUAUAAAAUGUUUCAAAAGUAAUCAAUGUUUAAAUUCAUAUCUAAAAAUGGCAAAAUGUAGGAUUAGUCUGUUGCAUAAUUAGUAGGAAUGGAACGGUACAUAGAUGUCACGGUUCGGUAUGUACCUCGGUUCUGGGGUCAUGGUUCGAUAUCAUUUCGGUACAACAGGAGGAAAAAAAAAACUAAUCUACUAUGCUCGGUUUCUUUUCAUUUAUUUUGAACAGACAGUAGUACAAAUUUUAAAAUUCCACCUAGAUGUGAAAAUACUAGAUAUUAUUAUUGAUAUAUAUGUAAGAAAAAUCUGCAGUAUACAAGGAAUAGUAUUACAAGGAACAAAUAUAUUGAAUAUAUAUUCGAUUUAGUUUACAGAUAAACAAGGGGAAAAAAACGUAAUGUAUCCUAUAUAUAUCAAAAGGCAGAAAGCCAUAUCCUAUCUGUUUUCUUUAUUUUACAAAAGCACAAUGUUUUGUUUUCAUUGUGAGUGUACACAAAUAAAAGCAGAUCUUUAUACAGUGAUGCAGUAUUAAUAAGACAAUAAGUGUUUAAAGUUGAUUCUGCUGGAGUGAGGAAACAGGAAUGAAGUGAUCGUGCUGACACGCACACACACACACACACAAACACAAAAUCAGUUCCAGCAUUGCUAACUUGACAGUGCAGUUGGUACUUUAUCAAAAUAAAAUACAGUGAACCAAAACAUCAGCGUGCCCGCCCCUGUGUCACCGUUGGAACAAAACUGAAGUACAAAGCCUAUAAUUUACAUAAUAAAUAAUAGUUUAGCAAACAGAGACAUUACAUUGCAAAUAUGGAAAUAUUAUGGUGUAUUUGGAUUUGUGCUGAAUUAGCAUACACGAGCACAAAGCUCCAUUUCGCAAACCAUUAAGUUCACAAGUCUUUAAAGUACACACCAUUGUCAGUCUGUGAGAGACACAUUCAGAAUCAACACAUGGUCACUGUCUGGGAUUUGUGCGCAACUCAUGGCAUUCGCUAUUCUUCUGCUGGCGGUUGGUUAUCAAACAUUGCUACGGGCGCCCCCUUCAAGAUUAGGGUGAAUUGCCUGCAUUCAUUGUAAGGCACCAAAUCGAGAUGUCCAUACCGUGACGGUUAGGUACGAAAACAUGUAUCGUUCCAACCUUAAUGAUUAGCAUAUAUGACUAACAAGAAAUUUUAAUGGGAAGUCCCCAAAAGGACACUUAAAAUAUUCAUGAUUAUGAAUACAUGAUUGUUUAUGUGUGCAUGAAGGUGUGACUGAACAAGAAUGUUUGUGACGAAUGUUUUAUCAUUUGCGUUGUGUUGCUGGUCUGUUUCUGGAUGAAAGCGUUUCCAGGAUCUGGAAUGUAACAAACCAGAGUUUGUAUCGCUGGCUGGAUCAGACCGAUUUCUUGUACGACACUCCAUUCACGAAUGCUAACUUUUGUAGUUGUGCGUACAGUACGUAUGUGUGCAUGUAUGUCCGUGUGAGACUGUUAUUCUUCUGUCUUUAUUUCGAUUCUGUUAAUGAAAAUUUAACUGAACUUUUAACCACUUAUUGUUUAUUUGAAUUCUGUACUCGCAGGGAUGUAUGUUAAUGUUGUAAACUUCAUAUCAAAGCACAAACGACCACCAGUAUGUAAAGGUGAUGUUAAAGAAUGAUCAAAUAUUCUUAUCAGUGUUAUCAUGGUAAUCAGCAGAUUCAUUAGUACUCUUAUUCUUUCCUUUGAUUUUUUACUACAAACGUACAUAUUGCCUGAUAGUGCAGUCGGCAGAUAAUAGGCUGUUCUAUUUAUCUAUGAAGGUAUAAUAAACAUCAUUCAUGAUUUUA